GGCCGUUGAGCAAAUUAGAAACAAUCUCUCUUUUCUGACGAUGCCCUAAGAUUCUCACUUGCUCCGCAGCACGGUGCGAGUUCGUCAUUUCCUUCUUGUGUUCUCAAACCCAACUGAGUCCUCCCAUUUCUCUCGAUUUGCCAAUCCAAAGACAUCAGCUUCCUCUUGUUUCCGAUCUAAUAGAUCUGUACAAAUUACAGCCCUAGGAAACCCUAGCUACGUAAAAAGGUUUGUCUAUAUUCGUCGAUUGCAGACUUUUUGGCCUUUGCCCUUGGUUCCGCUGUCAAUUUGCGAUCCUGUCAUUUAGAAACCCUAGCUUUAGAAAUUCUUCUCUACUUAGGUUUUGAUUCGCUGGAAAAAUCUCCACCGAGCGCUAGAAGGGUUUCAAAACGCCCACGGUUUUUGUUCUAAUUAACGAUCGCUACCGACAGGAAACCCUAGAGUCGCGGUUCUCCAGCAAACCCUGGUUUUCGACCUUUUGGGUGGGGUUUGAAUAGAACCGGUUCGAUGAACAACAGUAGAGGGAGGUAUCUGCCGGGUAUGGGCAUGGGCCGAGGCGGAGGCAUGAACGCGAACCCUGCGUUCCAGUCAAGGGCUCCACAGCAACAGUACGUGCAGAGGAGCAUGGUGCAGCAGCACAAUCACCACCACCAGCAACAGCAGUAUCAGCAGCAACAACAACAACAACAACAACAACAACAGCAACAACAGCAGCAGCAUCAACAGCAGCAGUGGCUUAGGAGGGGUCAGUUGGGCGGUGCCGAUUCGGGCAUUGACGAGGUUGAGAAGACCGUGCAGUCCGAGGCUGUGGACUCGAGUUCACAAGAUUGGAAGGCAAGGCUAAACAUACCGGCCCCUGAUACACGCUACAGAACUGAGGAUGUGACAGCAACUAAAGGAAAUGAAUUUGAGGACUACUUUUUGAAGCGUGAGUUGCUUAUGGGAAUAUACGAAAAAGGCUUUGAAAGACCAUCUCCGAUUCAGGAAGAAAGUAUUCCAAUUGCUUUAACUGGGAGUGAUAUUCUUGCGAGAGCAAAAAAUGGAACUGGGAAAACGGCUGCAUUUUGCGUUCCAGCGUUGGAAAAAAUCGAUCAAGAUAACAAUGCUAUUCAAGUUGUUAUACUUGUUCCAACUCGAGAGUUGGCUCUCCAAACAUCACAAGUCUGUAAAGAGCUUGGCAAGCAUUUGAAAAUCCAAGUUAUGGUUACUACAGGUGGUACCAGCUUGAAGGAUGAUAUCAUGCGGUUAUAUCAACCAGUUCAUUUACUUGUUGGAACUCCUGGAAGAAUAUUAGAUCUUGCAAAAAAAGGUGUUUGCAUUUUGAAAGACUGUUCUAUGCUUGUUAUGGAUGAGGCUGAUAAGCUUUUGUCUCCGGAAUUUCAACCUUCAGUAGAGCAGCUGAUUCGAUUUCUGCCUGAACAUCGUCAAAUUUUGAUGUUUUCAGCCACGUUUCCUGUUACAGUCAAGGACUUUAAAGAUAGAUAUCUACAAAAGCCUUAUGUUAUUAACCUUAUGGAUGAGCUUACUUUAAAGGGUAUCACACAAUUUUAUGCUUUUGUUGAGGAGAGGCAGAAAGUCCACUGCCUAAACACUCUUUUCUCCAAGCUGCAAAUAAACCAAUCAAUCAUCUUCUGCAAUUCAGUGAAUCGGGUUGAACUUUUGGCCAAGAAAAUUACAGAACUUGGCUAUUCAUGUUUUUAUAUUCAUGCCAAGAUGCUGCAAGACCAUCGUAACAGAGUGUUUCAUGACUUCCGUAAUGGCGCAUGCAGGAAUCUUGUUUGUACUGAUUUAUUUACAAGAGGAAUAGAUAUUCAAGCAGUCAAUGUUGUUAUUAACUUUGAUUUUCCCAAGAACUCAGAAACUUAUCUGCACAGGGUUGGUCGAUCUGGAAGGUUUGGGCACCUUGGUUUAGCUGUGAAUUUGAUCACCUAUGAAGACCGCUUUAACUUGUACAGGAUUGAGCAAGAACUUGGCACUGAGAUAAAGCAAAUUCCGCCUUUUAUCGAUCAGGCAAUUUACUGCCGGUGACUGGUGGUAGAUAUCUCGCGGUGUGCUCGACAAUGGUGGAUGAUGUUGUCCAGUGAAGAAGGUAUAUCUUCGAUUCUUCAUUAUGGAGGACGCAUUGCGGGAUUCAUGUAUCAUGGUAAAAGUCUUGCCGUUGGUGUAGAGGGCAUUUACCUUGGAUUGCUUUUAUUAGUUUCUGGAUUUUCAAAUCCCUGGUACUUCAACAGGACCGUAAUGGGGUUUCAGAUUGGCUUAUAAAUCCCAUAUAGAUGUUGGGUGGAGUACACCGUUGACUUAGAUUUUGUUAAGACUGGUGUCGUACUAUGUGCUCUUAUUUUGUUGAAGGGUCUACCUUGCGUAAGAAAUCCAUUAGCCUUUUUAUUUUUUUA